AGACAAACGAGGCUGAAGUUAAAUCCCAGGAGAGCUUCCUUUCCAGAAGACCCUGAGGAAAGGUUGGACAUUUAUUAGCAGACACGGCUGGAAAAGAGACGGGGUGGGGGAGUCUCAGUAGCUGCAGCAGGCAGCCCGUGUGCCCACGAGGUUGUGCAAGGUUGUCCGGGGGUUCAGCGCUCUCCGUGUUCCCCCUGGAGAGCUCUCCCUGUAACACUCUGUGCCGCCCGGGCACUUGGCACGCUCGGGCAUCUCCUGCUGCCAGAAGGUCGCGGAGGAAAAGGUGCUUCGAGGUCACGUUAGCGUGAAGGCCACGGAAUCUGCGAACACUGGGACGUGCCCCUCUGGCUUUAAUGCGGGAUUUCAAGCGUUCUUACUGACAGGAACGGACGUGAGGAAAAUUCCGGGGCUGAUAGAGGAAUUUUCCUUCUUCCCGGCAAAUAGGCUUUCUUUUCGAAAGAGAGGAACAAACUCAAUAAGGUUCCCCUUUUCCUGGAAGCUCGGCACUGUUCCAGCGCCAGAGGCUCCUGGGGCUCCCGCCUCCCGCUCCCUGAGGGGAGAUCCCGCUCCCCUCGCCGAUGUAAAGCCAUUGCCGAGGGAAAAGGGCUCGCACACGUGCUUUAUCCCGCUGCCCUGUGGCACGAUCGGCGCCGCAGUGUGUCCAGAGAAGGGAAACGAAGCUGGGGAAGGGUCAGGAGCGCAUCUCCUGUGGGGAGCGGCUGAGGGAGCUGGGAGCCUGGAGAAAAGGAGGCUCAGGCGGGACCUACGGCUCUGCAAUUCCCGGAAAGGAGGGUGUAGCCGGAGAGGAUAGGGUUCUUCCAGGCAACCCGCGACGGGACAAGAGAACACAGCCUACAGAACUUCUCCGCGUGUGCCAGGGGAGGUUCAGGUUGGACAUCAGGAGGAAUUUCUUCACAGAAGAGGGAAAGCUCUUGCAGAAGGUGGAUCAGCUCGGACGUCACUUCUUAUUUUAGUGUCCAUCUUCUUAUCAGCUGCUUUCCUUAUGUUCCUGGUAUAUAAAAAUUUCCCACAACUUAGUGAAGAAGAAAGAGAAUGUAUAAAGGUUCCUAGAGACAUGGACGAUGCAAAGGCCUUGGGAAAAGUCUUGUCCAAAUACAAGGACACAUUUUACGUUCAAGUGUUAGUGGCUUAUUUUGCCACAUACGUUUUCUUGCAAACAUUUGCUAUUCCUGGGUCUAUAUUCCUCAGUAUCCUGUCAGGGUUUCUUUAUCCCUUUCCACUGGCCUUAUUUCUUGUUUGUUUGUGCUCAGGACUUGGAGCUUCAUUCUGCUACAUGCUGUCCUACCUAGUGGGACGUCCCGUUGUGUACAGAUAUUUAACAGAGAAAGCAGUAAAAUGGUCAGAACAGGUUGAACGACACAGAGAACAUCUCAUUAACUACAUAAUAUUUUUGAGAAUAACACCUUUCCUCCCCAACUGGUUUAUCAAUAUCACAUCUCCUGUAAUCAACGUGCCAUUGAAAGUGUUUUUCAUUGGCACUUUCCUAGGUGUAGCACCACCAUCUUUUGUAGCCAUUAAGGCAGGAACAACGCUGUACCAGCUUACAACGGCAGGGGAAGCUGUUUCCUGGAACUCUGUUUUUGUCCUCAUGAUUCUAGCCAUCCUCUCCAUCCUACCAGCUCUCUUCCAGAAGAAGCUGAAAAAGAAGUUUGAGUAAGGAUCAAACUGGACCAGAAUUUCCCAUACUUCAUCUCAGGAUCAGCACUUCUGAUAUUUGUAUAUUUGCUUUUCUAUUGGAUCUUAAGCAAUUAUAGGGGAGGCUUGUGAUUGGUAAGAAUGUCUUUAAAUGAACACGUGGCCUUAAACUGAAGGCAAUGUGUUCAGAAGUGUACUGCAUAUAGUUUUGUAACCAAACAUCAGUGUUUUACUUUGGGAUGGUGUGUGUGGCCCUCAGGACGAGGGAGGUGAGAACACAGAUGUAACAUUUUGCUCUAGUUACAUGCAGAGCAAAAAUUGUGAUGUAGACAUAAACUACAGGUGAUGCUCUCCAACACUUGCAGGAACAAUUCAGUCCAACUUUGUAACAUUCUCUGUAGGCUUGCAUGUGAUCUGGCCUGAGAGCAUUUCUCACUAACAAUAUUUCCCUUCUUUUUUGCCUUGGGGAGUUUCAAAAUAAUGUAACGGUGCUCACUGAGAAACAAGGGUUCUUUGCAGUACUUUAACUACAAUGUUAUUCUCAUCCUGGUUGUUUACUUCUAUUUAUUAGUGCUGUAUGGAAUUAAAUACUUGAACCUACA